UUUGUUGUGGGAUGUAGAUUUAGAAUCAAGAUUUAGAUUAGAAUAGAGAAUUCAACAGAUCUAAUCUAGCUCUAGACUCUAGAUUGUAGUUCUAGACUCUAGUAUCUAGAAAUCUAGUAUCGUCUAAUAAUAGGUAAAAGAAAUAAUUAAAAAUUACAGCUUGAUCCGAGAUGGGGUGUGGGAGAAAUAACAAGUACAAACCUUUUACCAGACAGAGUGAGUUGAUAAUACGUUUUGUAAAAAGAAGAACAAUUCAUGAUCACCUAAAAAGAGAAAUUCAUUCGUUAAGAUCAACUUGAGAUGGAAUGAUAAUUAAGGUAUGGCAGAUAGUGGUAGUGCAAGUGUUGGGGAAAUAGAUGUUUCAGCAAUAAACUUAUUGAAAGGAGCUGUAGAACUUGAUUUGAAUGGAAAAUAUGAUGAAGCAACAUGUUUCUAUCAAGAGGGUACCAAGCUUUUAGUUGAAGCACAUAAAGCUAUAUCUGAGAAAUGCAAACAACCUGAAUAUAGACAGCAGCUGCAGGAACAUUUAGACAGACCAGGAGCACAAGACAGAAAAAACUUUUUGAGUCAAGAGAAAGAAGAUGCCAAAAAGGUCACCAAAAUAAAAAUUGAAGAAAACUCUACUGGACAUUCCUAUGAUAAAUUAUUUGGCCAUUAUCUAAAUCAGCAUGUCACAUCUAUAGAGGUGGAUGAUCCAUAUCUGUUGACUGAUUUCCAAAUCAACAAUUUCAAGAUGCUCUGUGACUUAAUUGUUGGGAAGAAGAUUCCAGUGAAAACUAUAAUAGUCAAUACAAAGUCGAAAAAUUCUCAGAAAGAAAGCUUUGAGAAAAUUAAGAAAUCACUUGAUAGGAACAAGAUAGAGCUGAUCAUUAAGCAUUACCCAACUUUACAUGACAGGGAAAUCAGGCUUAGUACAGGGAUAGUCAUUGGUCUGGGAAGAGGACUGGAUAUUUUUCAUAAUUGUGACAUUUCAUCACAAGAGUAUUAUAAUCUUGAGCUCAGGCGCUGUCAUGAUACUACAGUUACAAUAACACAUAAAAACUUGACCAGAGAUUUAACAAGCUAACUUAAAGAGAUCUCCUUUCAGAAAAACUUUCUUCUUACCACUCAAAUAUUUAAGAGAUUUUUGAAACACAUUUGCCUGUGCUCGUGAAGAUAUACUUUACAAUGGGAAAAGUGCUAUCUGCCUGCUGUAAUGUAAAAAUUAAAUGUAUUUUCGAGUAUGUAGUAGGAUAUUUAAUAAUUAUGUGACCUUUUUAAAGUUUUAUUAUUUAAUGCUUUUGAACAUAAUAUUUCAUGGUUGUGCCAUAGUAUAUUCACAUCAUCUUUGCAAUUGAAUAUGUGAAGGAAAACCCUUGCAGUUAUCUUCCAUAAAGUCUAUUUUAUGUCUCUUGUUGUAUUCUCUAUGAUUGAUCUCUGGGCUGGACUUAUAAAUUGUGGGGCCCAAUUUAAUGUAUUGUGCUAUUAGAGCAUGGAAUGGGUUGCCUGAGCUAGCCAGUCAUUGGUUAAUAUGCAUGACUAAAUGCAUGACGCGUAGGACGUAAUCAUCUUCUUUUUUGAAGUAACGUCUGUAUUAUAUAAGAUAAGAAGAUAAGGAAUAAAAGGAUUCUGAAACAAGGGAAGUAAUUACAAUAUUUUUUUUUUUAAAUAAAUAAAUCAUUUGUUUCUUAACAAAAUAUUUAAGUUGAAACAAAUAAAUCCUUGUAAAAUAUAAAAAUAAAAACCAAAAUUUACUUAAAUGUUAAAUAAACCAAAAAAACUCGCACAAGCCAAUUCAAAAUUGGGAAUGUUUGCUUACAAGUUAAAUGUGUACAUGUAAGUAAUUUCUUUGUUUAAAAAAAAUAAUCAAAUAUAAAAUUGUAUUACUAUAUUGAUCAACCUUUACUUUUAAUGUUUAAUUAUCAAGACUCUUAUCAUGUUAAGGCACUUGUUUUUUUUUUGUUUUACUUGUUUUAAAAAUUAAAAAAAUCAAUCUUGCCAAUGUUUUUUUCACAAAUGGCGAAAUUCUCAAAUUUCAUUUAUAUAUUUUUUUAGCUCCCUACCCCUGUAGGUAAAAGUAACUAUUGUUUUAUUGUCGUCUGUCAAAUUUAGAUUGUAAUAACUAAAAGCCCUGUUGGAAAUCUUUGUCACUUGUUUCAUGUUUAAAGUAGGUACAACUGCUACUUAUAAUCUUCUGAGUGGCUCAACCAAUGGGCAACAGGAAACACAGGCAGAGCCAUGUACAAAGAAAUGAAUGUGCCAAACAAACUGGACAGUAUUAACUUCUUCCCCUGCAAAGAGAAAUCUACAAUCUUCCAACUAAGGACAGGACACACACCUGUGUUUAAAUUACCAUCUCAAUAAAAUAAAUUCCACACAACUCCCCCUUUGUAGACACUGCGCCCACCCUUAUGAAACCGUAAACCAUAUCCUCUUUGAAUGCCCCUUUCUAAUCCACCUUAGGCAGACCCUACUACCACUACAGCCCAACAUAACCAACACCCUGUACUGCAGUGUUGAACAACUGAAGAAAACAGCACACUAUUUUCAUUGGCACAGUCUGCAAAAGAGCUGACACCAAAAAGCUGUGUAGAAGAAGAAGAAUCUUCUGAAAGUAAACCUUUUUUUUGUUCUUAAAAUAAAACAUUUGUUUCAACCAUGUUAUGUAUACCUAUUACAUAUAUAAGGGACCAAAUUUUUAAUGAGAGAAUUUAGUGAAUUAAAUAGCAUUUAGCGUCAUAUUUGUAUUUAUUUUCCACUUAAUUGCUACCCACAUAUGACUAGUCAUAUUGAUAGAUGUACAGUUAUAAUAGAGCCAUUGUUAGUCUAAUAUAUGCCUAAUGGCUAUUUGUGUGUCAGCUCUGUUUGGAUUGUUAGUAGAGGUGGGUAUUUCAGGAUGGUGGCAAGUACAUGCUUGCAAAUGCCACUGAUCAAAAAGAUCUUUUAUAGCAGAUCUAGAUGGUUUAAUGGCUUGUUCGCUUGGCACUGUAAUGCUACUAGGUGGAGUUGUAAAAAAUGGAGAGUCCUUAGUUCAUGCUCUGGUCAGUACUAUCGCUUAUUGGACUAUAUUUAAUUCACCACUUUUUCUCAUUAAAAAAUUGGUCCCUAGUGCUUCCUUUAUAUAUGUAAUAUGAAUGGAUCAUUCAUUGUUUCACCACUUAGCUUCACAUUUCUGUUUACCAUGGAGCAUGUGCUAGUGUUUUGUAUUGGCUGAUGUAAUCUUUGAAUAGGAUUGAUGCAGACAAAUACAUAAAUAGGGAGACAUGUGACAGAAUGGCUUGUAGUGAUUGUAGUUUUGGAGUGAGUUGUAUUUUGUUGAAAUCAUUCAGCAUCUUAUUUCAUGUUUUCUACAUCCUCAUGUAAAAUUGAAAGCUGUAGAUAUUUGUCAAUUAAAGCUCAUUUUGUUUAAAAG